ACGUCAUAAUUAAUUGCAACUGGGGUCCGGAGAGCUUGGAGAGGGAGAGGAACGGCUCUGAGAGAAGAUUGUGGCGCCCCCUUCAGCCUGGUUCUGUGACGUUGGAUACGAAAAUAGGUGACGAAGCUGCGCCUGCCUCAGAUUGGCCUGGGCUAAAGUAUCUAAAGACCCUAGGAUUGCUGCAGGUCAACAGUCCCCUCUGGAGAAAAAAAUCUUGGUUUCCUAGAGGUGGACACCAGCCAGCGGCCGGAAGCAGGGUGGAACAGAAGGCAGACACCUUCAGACCCUCAACCUGGCAUUCCUGAACAAUGGCUGUUGAGCCAGGGGGGACCGGGUCCCUGAAUUCUGUGGCCCAGGCUUGGAGGGAACCGAAGGUGUUCUUGGUUGUAAAAGAAGAGAAUUUGGACAGCAGAACAGAAAAGGAAGACAGUCCCUUGGAGCAGAUACUCCUGGCAUGGGAAGCCAUGUCAAACCCUGGGGCCUCUGCAGAGUCUCUCCACCUGCCCGGUCACUGGGAGGUAGAUGGCCCCAGGAAGGAGCCAUGGGGGCCAGACCAGGAGCUGGUACAGCUAGAGAAAGACAACCUGGAAGAGAAGGCGUUGGGCCAGCUGAAGCCAAUCAAACCUGUACAGAAGCUGCUCCCUCAGAUGGACGAGGAGACCCUGCAGGAAGCUGUGAAGAGAGAGUGCUGGUGGACCACGUGGGUGAGGAAGCCAGUCACCUUUGAGGAUGUGGCAGUGAAUUUCACCCAGGAAGAGUGGGAAUGUCUAGAUGCUGGUCAGAGGGUCCUCUAUCAGGAGGUUAUGUCAGAGACCUUCAGAAACCUGAUGUCUGUGGAUCUGACCGCCAAGCUUGAACAAGAAGAGAAACAGUGGAGAGCAGAUCUCCGUCCCCCAAAGGAAGAAGGCCUUCAUCUGGGAGGCAAGAAGGAGGAACUUCUAGAACAGAGCCAGAGUUUGAGAAAUGAGGACACUAGCGGUGACAAGAAGGUCUCGCUGGCUUACAGCAGGGCAGGCCCAUCCUCCGCUCCAGCUGGGUCCCUGGACAGGACGCCAGUGUUCCCAGCAUCCUGGGCCGGGCCGCCCUUUUCCUGCCACAUCUGUGGCAGGUGCUUCAGCAAGCGCUCCAACCUCCACAGCCACCAGUUUGUUCACAACCCCAAGCAGACUAACAGCUGCAGCCAGUGUGGCAAGUCAUUCCGGAACCCCAAGGACCUCAGCUACCACAGGCGCCUGCACCUCGGGGAGAGGCCCUUCUGCUGCUCCCUCUGUGACAAGACCUACUGUGAUGCCUCCGGGCUGAGCCGUCACCGCCGGGUCCAUCUGGGGUACCGGCCCCAUUCGUGCCCCUUCUGUGGAAAGUGCUUCCGGGACCAGUCUGAGCUCAAACGCCACCAGAAGAUACACCAAAGCCAGGAGCUGGUGUCUGGAAACCAGAAACAUGUUGUGAGGAUUCCAGAUUCUGCAGCUGGGCUCCAGGGGCUGGCCGCUGGGAGCCACGCACCAAUGGCCGAGAGCCAAGGACCCACAUUUAAAACCAAGGGUCUUGAGGCUCAGACCCAACUGUGUCCAGAUGGGAACCAGGCACCUGCAGCCAAGAACCAGGUGACCACUGGGAAGGCUCAGGCCCCAGGGAUGACAAGCCCAGAACCUGUGACCGGGACCCAGGCAGCCCUCACGGGAGGUGCCUGCCUGAAGACCAAGUCCGACUCACAUCCAGAAAAGCCCUCAGGAUUCAAGGUCUUCUCUAGGCCUCCUUGUCACUUGACUUUUAGCAAAAAAGCCUUUUUCUCCAGCCACCACAAGGCCCACCUCAUAGAGCAGUCCAACCGCUGCUUCCACUGUGGCAAGUCCUUCACUUUGUUCUCUGGGCUGGUCAGGCACCAGCAGACUCACUGGAAGCAGAAGAUCUACCGGUGCCCUAUCUGCGACGUCUGCUUUGGGGAGAAAGAGGACCUUCUGGGUCACUGGGGGGGCUACAGGAGCAAGGGGCUGUACCUGGGCAGCCCCCACAAAUGCUGGGCAAUCCUGGGUCAGUGGCUUGGCUUCUUUCCCGACGCCUCCCCUACCGCAGGCAGGGGCAUGGACCUUUCUCCUGGAUCCAUACUCCCAGAAGAGGAGAGGAAGGGAGGGAAGACAGCACACAGAGGGAAGAAAGCAAACAAGGCAGCGAAGGUCUUGGAAGGGAAAUAGAUGAUCUUUCUGCUGAGGUCUUUCCCAGCUGUUUUUCCUGAGGCCCAACCUCCAAUGUACGGAGACUGGGGUAGCGAAAGAGAGGUCAGGGGGACAAUGAAGGCAAUACAGAAAGGAAAAGGGACAAGAAGUGGCACACGGAAACUUAUAUUGUUAUGAAUUAGCACCUAGCUUGUUUCUUUGUCUGGAAUAGACCAUCAAGUAGUAAGAGUUAAAUAAAACAGUGGCUGUUGCAAUAGGGAAGCAGAUGGGAGAAGGAUGAGAGGAGGGAGAGAGCCUGAGGGACCAAAGCGGAUGAGCUGUGGAAGCAGAAGGGAAGCACUAAAGCAGGCGGGUUGGCGGGUUCCAUCCCCAUUCCCUUCCGCCUCCUCAGGAGGCUGCCCGGCCUCCCCGAGCCAGAUGGAGCUCUGGCCAGCAUUUUCUGGGUUCCUCUAGUUUUUGGUUAGGGCUCUCCGUGUCCUCACUCUGCAGCUCGCUUGGCUCUCUCGGAUGUUUUGGACUUUUUCCUGCUCCUUCCCUUCAACCCUCCGCACCUCUCAGCUCUGCCCACCAGGGCUGAGGUCUUAGACGAAAUGACUGCCAUUUGCAAAGCUGGCAUGCUGUAAUUGGCAACGAGGAGAUUCCUGGUCUCUGGUUCAUGGCAGAGAGCCUCCUGUCUGUGUUACCCCCUGGCACCGGUGUCCUCUGAUGGAGAGAAGAGCAGCUGCCAGGCUAUAGCCAGGGGGGGCUUCCAGGUGGUAGCGCAGGGGGGAGAGGAGGGGAGGAGCUGGGGGAGGGGAGACAAGGUAGAUGAUGGAGGAGGAAGAGAAAUAGAAAUCGAUCCUGUUUGGAACUCAGCGAAUUCCUGGAAGUGCAAAUGGGAAUGUCCCCACAGCAAAGAGGCCGAUGAGUGUGCAACUUGCUGGAUGCGACAGCCCCAAGGACCAACCCUUGGACCAACCAGGCUCUUCAGCACCCCUCCCAGAAGGGGUUCAGAAAGGGUUUCCUAGAAUGAGGAGAAAAUAACUUGAAAAGUCCGUCACCAGUUACUUUGAGGACGGGCAGCUGCUGCAGGGAGUGGGAAAGGAGGCCAGUGGGAGGGCUUCCCGCUUUAGGGCAGAAGGUGGGGCCCAUCAGGCAGCGGAGGGGGAGAGCCCCCAGCUUCCAUCUCGCAUGAGGAGGCUCCCCACCCCCACCCAGCCAGCCCCUCUCCUCUGGGACCUUAAUCCUCAAGAGCUCCCUCUUCCCCUUGCUGCUUUCUUAGUGGUUUGUUUUCAGCUUAUAAGAAAGAGAAGAAAACUUACUGAGCUCUUCAAGAAAUUGCCCUGAAAAACAAAGAGAAAUAGGUGCCAGGUUGGAAGAUGGCUCCCACAUUCUCCCCAUGGAAUUUGCAGUCGGCCCCUGCCCCCUUUCCACUGAGGGUCUUCACCCAUCUCAGUAAGUGGGUCUCUUAGAUUCUCUGGUGGCCUGGGGUCGGCUCUGGGGACAGAGCAGGAAGGAAAUGCCAGCUCUGGAUCUUGAGCCCAGGUUCCAUCCACCUCUCUAUGUUUCCCAUUUAGGGCUGGCUUGGUCCCUGUUGUUCAGUGCUCCUCUUUGCUGCCCCACCACUGCACCUGCUAGUCUGCGGUGGAGCCAGUUGUAGCAGAUGAUCAAGGCCACCAGGGGUCCGAGAACUGGCACGAUCACAAACAGGGUUAUCUUCCAGCAGGGCACUCUCAGAAAGUGGGGAUCUGAAUCAUGGCCACAGAACAAACAGGAUUAACAUCUGUUCCCCUCGUGUCCCACCUACCCCUCCAUUUAUUAUUGGGUUUCUUUUUUAUGGGGUGGGUUCAUAAUUUGGGUUUUGAGAUAGUUUGUGGAUAGAAGCCAGGGGGUUCAUGGAUUUAGAUGAGAAAAGCACUAUAUUUUUAUUCCACUAAUUGCAAACUGAAUUUAGUAUUUUCUUCUACUAAAAAUAUAGCUAACAAGCCAGUUAUCAGGGGGACCUGUGGCUUUAUCACCAAUGGAACCCGCAUUCCCAUUAAAACUGUUACAGAGAUCUCAAAAUACUGUAUCAAUAUUUUGAAAUUACCAAAUUAUUAGACCUGCUGCUGCAUUUUAUUAUUUAACGAGUAUUCUUGUUAUUUAAACUUUAUCACGAGUUUGUUUACAUUUCGAUAACUAUUUCAAAACUAUGGUUUUCCUUGUAAUCCUAUGAGUUAUAUUUUAUGUGUACAUUUCAAAACAUUCUGGGAUGGGGGGGUCCAUGAGGCUUCACCAGACUGUUGAAGAGUUACAGCUUUUGUUAAAACCUAUAAAACAAAUUCCUAUCACUCUGCUUUGA